UUCUCAGGAUGUUGUGAAAACACAGAUGCCAUGUUUUGUGCUCAGUAGUGAUCAAGACGGCGUUGGGGCUUUAGGCCAUUUUCAAGACAUGAAAACCAGAGAAUUAUGGAGAGUCAUGUGUGCUGUUUAAAAGACAUAGAGGACGUGACGUCAAACUCUGCUCGCAGUGUGCAGCUUGAGAGGACCAAAACCUUGAUCGAAGAGAUCCGUGCUUUGAUCAAGAACAAUGAGGCAGAGUAUUGCUCCUUCUGGAGGCCUGUGCUCCCCUGGGGGGGGGUGUACACGAUACGGGCUGGUCAGAAGGCCGUCUCUUGUAUACCCCUGUACGUUAAAAUCAAUCUGAAAAACACCUGCACCAUCGAUGGCUUCCUCAUGCUCUUGUACGUCAUCCUGCGGGAUAAUCAGACGUUCCGCCGGGAAGUGGGUUUGUUCUUGGGGAAGCGCUUUGUGGAGCACUUUCUCUAUCUGAUGGACUCUUACGAUUACACCACAGUCAAGAUUUUGUGGAUCUGGGACAGGAUGUCUAAGCGUCAGUACCGCUCCGAGAUCCAUCAAGCCGCUCUGGAGAUUGACCUUUUCGGCAACGAACAUGAGAACUUUACCAAGAAUCUGGAGAACCUGAUGUCUACCAUGCAGGAGAGUUAUUGUACUAACUGGUGCUGUCCGUCUCGUUUCCAGGAGCUCCUUCAGAACACCAUAAAUAUCAACCCCCCACAUGAGCUUCCUGAUAGAGAUCCUAUUCAAUCAGCAGUGGAUGAGUUCUUCUGUCCAAAGAUAGUCCUCUGCCACGAAUAUGGGUGUAAAGGACUACGAGAGUUCUCCCAGAGAGAGUUCUGCCACGGUGCUCCUCCCUUCAUCAUCCUGAACAUGCAGAUGUGGAAAUCUGAGGACCUUUCCUAUGUUCCGUACCAUUUGGCUUUGUCUGAUCACAGCUAUCAACUGGUGAGGGUGAACGCUAACACAUGCUUCCUCCAAGAAUGCACAGGGCAGCAUAACAGCAUAACUGAGGUACUCUCUAGAGGGCGCCACUCUCUUCAACAGGGAGGAACAUCACUACUCUGCGGCGUUCCAAAUUGAUGGGUACUGGAUGCACUACGAUGGGCUUCGGAGCGACAACUUGAUCUUAUUGAACAAACCACCAGAGCUGCUGCUUCUGUCCUCCCUGGUGUAUGUGCGCUCUCAUGAAAAAUGACACGCGGAGGUGUCCUGUCUUUUCCGCGUGGAUUUCAUUCCAUCCAUGAUGGAAGCCACUUGUUUAUUCAGUUCGUCUCAGCCUUCAAAUGAGUUACAUGGGGUAUGAGUGUUGUUGGCUGGAAUGGAAACCUGCAGAUAAAACUCUGCUUGGGAAUAAGACAGAAGACUGGAAAAGCAUCAUCACAAAGUCUUUGGAUUCUCCUCCUUUCCUCGUGUCCUUGCUUGUUAACGUAGUCGCCGUAAUCCUUCUUGUAUAUUUACCCAGACAGUUAACUCAAGGAUACUUUUAUUACAAACAUUCUCUAUUAACAACUGCAAAUUUUGUAAUAAUAGUAAGAAUGAUAAGUUGUAGGGUUUUAUUAUUUUUUUUACUCUAAAGAAAUAAUGCUUUUCUACUUUCGUAACAAAUGCUACAAUUCGGUAAAGCCGAGUUAAACCGCUUCGACCUUUUUAGGUCGUGCUUGGAAUCCAAGAGUUUGUAAAUGGACUGUAAUAGUUCUGGGCUGGUAUGCGAAACUUUAAGAGUGUUACCUUAUAGAAGCACAGAACUUCACUGUGUGUUCUGCUAAAACAUUUAUCAUAAAAACAACAACAAAUCAUGCACAAAUGUCAUUUUCCUAAAGGAAUUGUUUAAAACAAAAAAAUCACAUUGAACACAAAGAUCCAAUAAAUCAGAAGACUCUUCUGCAAUCCAGCGAUGAUUUAAAAGCUUUCAUAGCAUCCGGAUAUUUGGCUGAUCCAUACACUUGGCAGCAGUGUUUUUAAGUACGUUACUCAGAAACAGCCAGAAGUGUGACUGACUAGAGCAAGUGAUUAAUCAACACCAGAAAGAGCUGUUAGUUUGCACAGCGUUAUAUAAUUGGUGUCAGAGAAAAGUGCCAAGUGGAGUUCUCAGGAAACAAGGCGAAUAAUUGUUUUGUCCUCAUUAUGAAAUAAGAAUUCUGUUUGCUGUGGAAGAAUUUCACAGAUGUUCUACUUUCCUACAAAAUGUUAACGCAUACUAUCCCUGAAUUUGGAUGUAACUGUUAAUGUUUGUUUGUUGGCACCAUUGAGUAGGGCGUGUUUAAAAUUUGAUAUUUUUUCUUAUGAUUCUUGCUCAUAUAUUACUCAAGCCUUCUUAACUACGUGUGUGAGAACCCGUACAGUCAUGAAAUGCGAUUUAAGCAGCAUUUUAAAAUCAUGACUAAUUCUGGCCUGUAUGAGUAAUACUUACAAUAACUGUCAGUUUCUAAAUGUUUCUUUUCUAAAGAAUUUCAGUACACAACUUGGUUUACACAAAGAUGGCUAUAUUUAUAAUUAUUACCUAAAGAAAUUUUGCACUUACUUUUAAUUAAAAAAAAUAAUAAUUGUAUUCAUUA